AUGUCCGAAGUUCAGAGUGCGGAAUCGUUGUUUUCUGGCUGGCAGCAAGCCUGCUUGAUCGUGGCUUCCUUCGUCGUGCAGGUGGUUGUCAUGGGACUGUUUUACUCCUAUGGCACUAUCUUCGCUGCACUGAAGGCAGACACAGGCGAUGCAGCCAGCACCCUGGCGCUUAUGGGUUCGAUUCGGGACUUCGUGUUCCAAUUAAGCACUGCGCCGGCUGGAUUCCUGGUCCAUCGUGUCGGCUUCGUGCGGAUGGCUGCCAUUGGGACAGCUUUACUUCUAUUUGGCAUGCUUGCAGACAGCUACGCCCCAUCCAGCCAUUUCCUUUUCAUGAACUGUGGAUUGGUCGGCGGAGCCAUGGCCAUGAUCUUCACCGCAUCCGUGACGGUCCUUUAUGGUCCAGGCCAUAUCAGUCGAAGCUUUCUGCCUGUGGCUGUGGGCCUGGCUUCGUCCGGUGGAGGCCUUGGAACUGUCGUGGUUAACCUGGGACUCGACCUGCUGCUGGAGAGCUUCAGCUGGAGGGGGGCGCUUCGGAUUUGCUGUGGAGCCUUUGGCCUACUGCUGUUGGUUUCCGUGGUCGCUCUCUGGUACGGUCUUCGCCACCACAAGCAGACCAAAGAAGUUACCAGUGAAUCUCGAGAGUUGAGGAGCUGCAGCGAUGUCCGAGAGUUCUUACAGCCUUUCGGAGACUUGCAGUUCCUGCUGCUCAACGCCGCUUUGUUCCUUUAUGGCAUUGGCUUCAUGGUGCCCUACACGCACCUCGUGUACUACUCUGAAACAGAGAGGGGCCUGGAAAUGUCAGGAGAGCUAACUUCACUUCUUGGUAUAUCCGGUGCAGCUGCUCGUCUUUGCUUCGGCCUUUUCUCUACAUGCGUGAAGCCUUCCAGGCUUAUGCUACUCGUGCUGCUCGCGCAGGGGACAUCCUUAAUCUGUCUGCCCUUCUGCGACGAUGCCGCAGAACUGUGGGUGUUUUCUGCCAUUUAUGGUUGCUGUUCCGGAGGCCGUGUUGUUCUGUUGUCAUUGGUCGUGAACGAGCUUUUCGACUCACAGAGAGUAGCACACCUCUAUGGACUUGCUAGCAUACCGAUUGCAGUCGGCACGCUUCUUGGGCCCACCUUUGUCGGCAGGGUUUAUGACCUCAGUGGCCACUAUGACGGCGCCUUCUUCGCCGCAGGUGGGAUCGUUCUCGUGGCAGUCCCUGUGUUUUGCCUUGCGAUUUUCUGUCGGCGAUCCAUCGAGAAGCCUUCGUCGGUUACGGAAGUUCCAGCGAAGGCGGAUCAUCUGGAACAGAUCGUCCCGCCGUGCGAUCCAUCGGAUGAAUUUCCGGAUGUAAAGUCCCAACUUUAA